AAGGAUGCUCCGGCGCUCCCUCCGGCUGCCGGCAUCAUGAAGGCGGGAGCCGGGUCACUAUACAAUGGAUGGAAAAACAGGCUCUUUGGUGAUGUCUGUGCACCUGCUUGCAAAAUCUGGACAUGCGCUACUUUUGCAGCAAACCCUCAGUCAGCUUCAGGAAUGGAUCCGCCUCGAUGCACGCCUUUUUUUUGUAUCGGAAGUUGCUUCUCCAGUUAAGUAUUAUGAGACAUACCACCGAAAGAGCUCCAGGUUCCCUGGAACUUCUGUUCUGCUUUUUUUGCAUGAAGACUUGGGGGAAGAAAGGAUCUUCCAAGUCCAUGACUUCUUCCAGCACCCACCAUGGCACCGUGUAAACCUGGAAAGUGCUAACGGGAAGCUGUCCUACCAGGCUGUUGGUAAUCAGGAGUUCUAUGGGCUAGAUGAGCAUAUGCCAGUGUGGGGAGUGCGUCAAGUUCAUUAUGGCACUGAAAUUCUACGCAUCACACUCUACUGUAGCUUUGACAACUACGACGAUGCAGUGAGGCUUUAUGAGAUGAUCCUGCAGAAAGAAGCAACUGUGCAAAAAAGUAGCUUCUGUGCCUUUGUGCUGUAUUCAACAAAAAACACUGCAGUUCAGCUGUGCUUGAAGCAGCUGCCUCCUGGCAUGUCAGUCGACCUGAAGGAAUCAUCAGUGUUGCAGUUCAAGGUGCACGAAAUCGGGCAGCUGGUUCCACUCUUGCCUAAUCCCUGUGUCCCUAUCAGCAGCGCUAGGUGGCAAACAGAAGACUAUGAAGGAAACAAGAUCUUGCUUCAGGUUCAGAGCCGCUCAAAACAUAGUGGAAAGCAGGAGUCACUUCCCAGUCGGCUUAAUAAUGCAAGCGAAGAAAGGCUCUCCCGCUGCUCCAACUCCUCCCCUUUAGCUGCAAGAAGAAUAAUGGUGCAGCAAAAAACUCGAACUCUUAGAGCUAUGAAGAAUAAAAGUAAAUCUACACGGGGUGGGGUAUAUGCACCAGGAAGUCUCUGUAGUCCCUCCCAAAGCCACCCUAGCUCUUCAUGCCAAUCACAUUGUCCCACUCAUUCGUCCCUACAGGACCUAACCUCUUCUCAUGUGAACUUGAACGCUCAGUUAAGACUUUCCAGCUCUGAACACUGGCAUUACAGGGAGGAGGAAGAGACUAAUGUUGACACAGGUUUCAGAGUGGAACCUUUGGACUGUGAUCUCUCUCCAUUAAACAGGUUUUCAAGGGGCUUGCUUGAUGGUCUUCCACAACCCCAGGAACUAUGUUGUUCAUUUCCCAGAUCAGGUUCCCGAAUCAGCUUGUGUUCUGUGGAUAGAGACCAUCCAUCAUUACCUACUGCCAAAAUAAAGAAUAAAGGAUCGGGAGAGAUGCAGUCAGAUUCUUAUCUAGGAAUAUCAAGAACAAGCUAUGGAAAUGCAGAGCAAGAGGAUGAAGAAUUUUUUAUAUGAACUUUAAAUACAGACUGAUUCCUUGGUGCCUUAUUUUUGAAAUGAUGGAGAGAGCAAUCUGUAUCCUGCACAAAGACCUUGCCUUUGUGUAGAUACCCCAGCUGCCUAUACUACCUUCUUCUACUAGUGCAAAAAGGAAGUUUAAGAGUAGUUUACACUGUUUAAGAGUAGAUUACACUGUUUGUUUUGCAUUACUUAUUGUCCAUGAAAAUUACUCUCUCACAGUCCAGUCUUAGCUCAUUGAAAUCAAUGGGAGAAGCUUUGCAUAGGAUUGCACUGUAAGAAUUGUUUUAUGUGAGUUGUAAGAGAAAGUUCAUAUGCCAGAGAAUUAUUGUGCAAUAGCACAAUACUGGGAAAUAUUAGACAUUAAUUUAAUACCUUAUCCCCCCACCCCAUCGUUGGCUAAAGUACAUCAGAAGCAUAGAAGUAAGAAACCUGUUCCUACUGCAUCAGCCUAUUAGCUUCUGUGUGCUGCUGCUGAGUGAUGACCCAAUAUUUUCAAGCACUUUACAGUAUGGUGGACUUGCUCCCCGGUAUGAGCAGAGUGCCGAACUUACAGAAGAGCAUCCUAAUUUGCAGAAACCAUCAGGGAAACAUUUUGUUCUGUUUCAAUGGGGACCACGUACUUUGCAGCUCAGGAAGCAGGUGUCGGCACGUCAGACAGCUAGGAAUUGGUUGAUUCCUUGCAAUCAAGUGAUGCUGCAAGUUGUUAACAGGGGAAGUUUUGAUGUUUGGCAGGGUGGAAAGUAUAUGCCUCACAACAGGAACUUUUAAAAAUUGGGUGAACUAAGUAGAAUUACUAAAUGGUAUGACAUUAGGGGAAUCUUUGUAAGGGUUUUCUUCAUAUUAAAAUCUGAAAAUGUACGAUUGCUUUAUUCACAAAUGCAUGUGUAUUAGCCAGGUAGAGCUGGUCCUUGCAUCAUGUAGGACUGGGUGAUGGAACAGAAUAGAACAAGUGCAGGACCCACAAGGACUUGUGUGGGGGCAUCUCAUGUCUUCUCCCUCACUAUUUCUUCUUUCCCUUCCAUGGCAGCCUCCAUAGCCUCUCCCCUUUUCCUCCUUCAUUCUCUCCUUUCCACCCACCAGCCAAACCUACCUUCAUCUCUUCCCCCCUCCACCAUCUUUAGCUCCCCCACUCCAGCUGCCUCGUAUCAGAGAAAACUAUCUCCCGGUGGGGAACCUGCAAGGACUUUUGGAGAUGCAUCUCAUUUCCCUGUAUCCUCUUUCCCACACUAUUUCCUCUUUCACUGCUCCUGACAACCCAUAUAUCUUCUGUCAUCCCGCCACAUCCAUGCUGAAAGCAUAAUGCCACACCUGCUCAAAAGGUCUAUAUUUCUUUGUGCAUCAAACUUGGCUACUAAACUGCUGCUGGCUGAGCCAUAGAGCUGUUUCUAACCAUUCUGACUUAGCUGAUGAUACAAGAUACCCAGAGUUCAGAGGAAAUUGUACACCGUUCCUCUUUUUGGUCACAUGCUACUAUCAUUUUCCCAGCAGAUGCACCUGAGGUCAAGCUCUGGAAAGGUUGAGAAUAUCAAGCUGUGUAGUUCUGUAGGGGUGCAGUAAAUGGCUGCAUAAGCAAGAAUGAAAAUGUUACAUUUAUUUGAAUUGUGAGCCUAAGGCUUGGAUUCAUACACUCAUCUCUUAGGGUAGGUACAAAUGUUGACCUCUGGUAGUAGGACUAAGAAACAUAUGGACCAAAGACCUUGGAGCAGAGGUCCCCAACAUGCUGCGUAUGGAUACCAUGUCACCUGCCAACACCUUUUCUGGCACUUACCGAGUGUUUUUAGAAAGUGGGUGGGGCUUUUUGAGUUACUGUUGUUUAUAGUAUAAUUCUGGCAGCAGCUUUAAGUUAAAGUACUUUACCUAUGGAGUGACAUUCUUAAAAUACAGUGGGACAUGCUUCUGACUAAAGAUGAUAGGAUUUAGGGUGGCCAGGUCUUCCUGGCAACUGGGCAGGGGUGGGGCAGGGCACUCACCUGCACCAUCCUCUCUUGUGCGUGGUCCCAGCCCUACAUGUGAUGAUGGCACUUCUGGAAGUGACAUUACUGCAUGAGGUGCGGGAGGGCACGUGUGCAUCAUGCCAGGGCCAAUUAAGUGUGACGACUUCACUUCUGAAAGUGAUGUCAUCCCAUGUACAGCUGGAAGCAUGUUUGCCUGCUUGCCUGGGCUGCCUGCCAGUGGUGGGCAGUCGUUGGGUUGCCUGCCUCCUCCUGCCAACCACCAGGAGGGUGGGUAGAGGGGCAAGCUGCCAAGUGCUUACCCACCACCGUCAGGCAUCUGACAACCCUAAUAGAUUGUAUAACUAAAAAACUUAAUGCACAUAACUGGAAAUUUUAUUGAAGCAAUCAAAUCUUCUCAAUUUAACUGUUGUUAUAAAUCAGGUGGAAGUUGAAGAUAACAUCACUAUAUCAAAUGCUGGUUACUUUUUCAAAAAUCAUCUAUGUUCUUAUCAGAAUCUGACCAGAAUCUUUCUCUCGCCAUAGACGCAUGCAGGGAACUCAAACCAAACCUUCAGCACCAAACGGUUGUUACAAGUAAUAGUGCACAUGGGAAAAGGGCUUGUGUGAAGGUGAUAACUGGGAUAAGGAGCAUUUUUUCUUUUUCCUUUUGCGUAAGUGUGUUAGAUGUGCAAAAUGAAGAAAGAUGUCCGAUGUGGGUUUCUUAGCUCUAGCAAAGAAAUUAUGCAAUAAAUUAUUUUUUAACAGUACGCUAAUCUCAGAAGACAUCCUAUUAAACAGAGCUUCUUCCUAAAAUAAUGAAGAGCUACUAUCAGAGUUAUGUAUAACCUCACUCCCUGACAUUUUGUGGUUGGCGCCACCUCCCAUAGCAAACAUUUCAUGGUUGCACUCACUACCCUCUGUCAGAAUUCAGAAGGUGCCCAUAGGCUCAAAAAGGUUGAGGAUGUCUGCCUUUGAGGGUUGCAAUUGGUUAGAGAAGCCAAUACUGAACCAGUUGAGGAAAGUUUCGUUCUGUAUAAAGCAAUUUACUUAAAAUAGAGAUCAGAGCAUCAAGAGAAAGAGGUCACCUACUCAGUUACGCUGUAUUGCUAGUAUAGUUUUUACAUCUUUCUCCGGCUGUGCCAUGUUGUACAGAAAACAUGUUGUUGUAUGUUGUCCCUUCAAAUGAAAUGUAUACUUCUGCAUGCGGUAUUCUUACAGAUUGAAAAAAUUCUAGAAAUAAACCAUCCUUUGUA